AUGGCAGGUCGAUUAACCAACGUAGCAUCGCAAAUCUUAGGCGGAAACGGCGUCGUUCACAGAUCGAUAGCUUCCUCGCUCCGCCUCCGCUCCGGCAUGGGUCUCCCCGUCGGCAAACACUAUGUCCCAAACAAACCCCUUCCUGUGAAUGAAGAACUUACAUGGGACAACGGUACUGCAUAUCCUGAGCCUUGUAUAGAUCGCAUUGCUGAUACUGUUGGAAAGUAUGAGGCUUUGGCUUGGUUAUGUGGAGGAUUGAGCUGUUUUGGGGCUCUGGGAUUAUUGGCUGUGUGGAAUGAUAAAGCCUCCAAGACACCGUUUGCACCCAAAGUAUAUCCAUAUGACAAUCUGCGAGUGGAGCUUGGUGGUGAGCCAUAG